UUAGGUAUUAGAUACACAGUAGUACAAAGAGGGAACAUAACUUAAAUGUGACCCACCAUUUCUAAUUCAGUCGCAUGUCGCAUAAUGUCAUUUUUCAGUACAGGUCAAAAUAGGUAAGAAACUGCCAUCUGACCGAUUUUGAGUUUUCACCAAAAAUCAAUAGUUAAAGGCAUACACUUUUGUACAAACCUGUUUAUACAACAUAAUAAUAAUCCCAUAGUUCAUUAAUAUGCGAUUUACGAAGACUGUCUAAAAAAAAAAUGCCUUAAAACAAAGAAAAAAUUCCUGAAAAUUGUCAAAUGCUGACUUCUUUAUGCCAACACAUUACGGAAAAUCCCCUGUUACUUGGUAUCAUAACAAACUUUAAGAAUCCCUUUCUACGUCAUCAUAAAAUAAUUUCGAUUGGUGUUAUUAAAGACCAAUCAAAAACGUUUUUAAAUGUAGAAUAGACGUCUGCUUGUUGCUAUGUGAGGCCGAUUGUCAUUGUAGCAGGCUCGCGGAUUCGCUAAUUUUGAUCACAUGGUGCGCACAGCACGAGACAUGAAGUGAAAUUUUAAUGGCUGUGCCCUGGGAAUAUUUGUAAACACGUAAUUCUAAAAGUAUUUUCUAGUGUAGGCUAUCAUGUGUAGCAGGGCAGAUAACAUCGCCAAAGCUUUAAAUGAGUUGGCAGGAGCGAAUCUGACACGCUCUGCACCUGCUGGGACAUGGAAUCAACUAAUUGAGGAGUAUUUUGUUGACAAUUCUGAAUCCAAUUCAGAGAGCAGUGACAGUGACGAUGAUUAUGAUGAGAUUUUGAACGGUGUACCCAGUGCUAUAAUAAGUGAAAAUAUGGACGUAGAACAGCUCAAUGAUGAUGCGAAUGGCAAGCAAAGUGAUAGUGAAGAGGAGGGGUUGGGGAAGCUAGAAAAAGAAAAUGAAGUAGAAAUAGAAACCAUGAUAAUGAAGCAGGUUGACUUUAUUGACCCUGAUAGUGAAAAAGAAAUGGACAAAAUUUGUUUGUUUAAAUGUGAAUGUGUGUCUCGGCGCAAAGAAAAUUCAAAGAAGGGAUUGAUGUCAUAUAGCGAGAGGCUUUCUCCUGAGUUUAUAUAUCGAUGUCGACAAGAUAUGGUUUCCCUCACGUCAGACGAAAAAGACCUCGUAAUCAUUGGUAAGAUCAGCAGUCUUGGAAACUUCAGUGACUACACGGAACGAUCAAAACACAAAACUCAGAAGAAAAGGUCGCAUCAGAAGACUGCUUAUCUUGUUGAGGGAAAAACUAUUUGUCGAAGUACAUUUAGAUUUGUAAAUAUGAUCAGUCAGUCUGUGUUAGAUAGCUGCUUCAUCCAGUACAAAGAGAAUGGGAUAUCACCUCGUCUAAAGAAACGUGGGGGCCGUAGAACUAAAAACCGUAAUAUUCUAAGCCAUGAUGACAUACGUAGAGUUGUUUCUUUUAUCUGCAACUAUGCAGAAGAGCAUGCCAUUAUUCUACCUGGUCGGCAUCCUGGUCAGAAGAAACUAGAUAUCAAACUUCUACCUUCAUAUGUAACCAAAUCAUCAGUUCAUGGUUUCUAUAAAGAGGAAGUAACUAAACUUGGCCAUCGGGCUGCGAAGAUUAGCAGUUUCCACAGCCUUUGGAAGUCGCUAACCCCCCACAUCACUCGUACAAAACCAAUGUCUGAUCUGUGUUGGCAGUGCUGUUUAUAGAAGCUCAAAUUUACCAGAAAUAGUCAAGUCAGCAAAAUUAAAAAAACAAGAGGAACACUUACUGGUGGUUACCAAAGAGAGGUCCUAUCUGAAUGAAAUGGUUGCCCGUUCCAGAGAGGCCUGUGAAGUACUUAAUCUGACUAAACUUCAGCCAACAUUACCAAUGUCAAGGCCAAUUAACAUGCACUACAGCUUUGAUUUUGCUCAACAGGUCCACUUUCCCGUCGACCCACUAAAGCCAGGACCAAUUUACUUCCUGACCCCAUGGAAGUGUGGAUUAUUUGGCAUGUGCUGUGAAGGAAUACCACAAC